CACACACACACACAACAAACGGAGGGCUGGAACACAGAGACAGAAACGCAGAAAGAGAGACUAGAAAGGGAAGAACCACCGACAGAUGGACUCUGCUGUGAUUAAAGAUGGCGGUGAUCUUCACCGCAGACUACGAAGGAGRAAAUUCGACGUCUAGAAGAGCGAUGGGAGUUGUCUGCGGUCAGAAUCAGGAGGCACGCAGUACGGAAAAUGAUCAGGAACAAAUGAGCAGCGAAGACAAACUCUUAAGGCGACGUUCGUCUCCAGACAGACGUUUGCCUUUAAUCGAGGUGAAAGCGGCUUCACUUUUCCUGCUGCGUGCCGUGUUACGCACCCAGACGAUGGACUCCUCGGUAAAAAGUUGCACAGCUGCUGGAUGCAAAAGGAGGACAAUCAAACUCAAGGAGUUUUCUCUCAGCGGCAUAAGCAGAAUUCUGGAUCCAGCACUUGUGCGAUUCGGGCACUGCGGGGACGGAGGUUUUGAAUGCCGUGACUAUGAGCAUAAGCGACCAGAGGGGCUGCGGAGCAGACCUGGGAGGCAGCUUCACUGAGGAUGCUCCCCGACCUCCAGUACCCGGGGAAGAAGGAGCGCUGGUGUGCGGUGACGGUCGCCAGCACGGCCACCCCGGCCACCCUGGCCUCUCCUCCAAGAGUGAGAGCGCCGAACGUGACGCGUUGGCGGCCGCGCCGCGGCGACCGGACUUGGACCGGGAUUAUGAGCCAGAGGGCAGCGCUUCCCCGACGCCACCCUACUUAAAAUGGGCCGAGUCGCUUCAUUCUCUGCUGGACGAUCAGGAUGGCAUCCAUCUGUUCAGGAGGUUCCUCAAGCAGGAGGAGUGUGCCGACAUGCUCGACUUCUGGUUUGCGUGCAUCGGCUUCCGCAAACUCGAAGCCAACGAGGCUAACGAGGAGAAGAAGAUAAAACGGGCAAAAGUCAUUUACAAAACGUACAUUCAGGAUAAUCAUGGGAUCGUCUCCCGACAGAUCAAACCAGCCACUAAGUCUUUUAUUAAAGACUGCGUGAUGAGGCUCCUCAUUGAUCCCGCCAUGUUUGAACAGGCUCGGACCGAGAUACAGACCAUGAUGGAGGAAAACACUUACCCUCUGUUUUUAAAGUCCGACAUUUAUUUGGAAUACACACGGACAGGAGGCGAGAGCCCUAAGCCGCGCAGCGAUCAGAGCCKUGUUUCUGGGGAAGCGAAGGGACUUUCGCUUUUUUUACCAACUUUAAAUGAAAACGAGGAGUGGAGAUGUGACCAGGGGCCAGAGGGGCAGCCUGAGUGUGACCUGCCGCCGAGCAGCCAGCUCACUCACAAACUGCUAAUGGAGACGCCGCGAAUUGGCAACAGAGCAAGAUUCCAGGACAGCCAUGAGUACAGGCAUGCAUCGUGCCGGGAGCCCAUCAACCCAUACUACGUCAACACCGGUCACGUUCUGGCUCCAGCUACCAGCGCUAACGAUAGCGAGCAGCAGAGCAUGUCCAGUGACGCAGAAACCAUUUCCCUCACAGACAGCAGUGUAGAUGGGGUUCCACCCUUCCGAUACCGCAAACAGCAUCGCCGGGAGAUGCACGAAAGUGCCAGAGCGAAUGGGCGAGUGCCACUACCUCAUUUACCUCGCACAACCCGGAUUCCUAAGGAUAUCCACGUGGAYCCGGAAAGGUUCGCCGCCGAGCUGAUCGGGAAACUGGAGGGCGUCCUGAAGGAGAGGGAGGCGCGAGAGAAACUGGAAGAGCGGCUGAAGAGAGUCCGACUGGAGGAAGAGGGCGAUGAAGUCCCCACAUCCUCAGCCUCAUUAUUCUCCAGUCUCAGGCUGCCCCCUAGUGCUUACUCACUGAAUUACAACCCCCGGUACGCUGACACAACCUACAGAGACGCCCACGAGGAAAACCCAGAGCUCAUCUUGGACGACCACGUCCAGCGGGUCAUGAAGACGCCCGGCCGCGAGUCUCCAGGGGCUGACCGCCACUCUCCCAAGUCCUGCUCCCCGGAUGGCCUCCCACGACUCAAAGGGGUGGGCCAGUCAGGCCCAGGUAAACAUCCAACCAGGCACGGCUUUAAAGGGGAGACGGGCCACGCGCACCAUCACAGACACGUGCAUCACAUCCACCAGGCAGGAGUGGGAAAGCCCAGAGAGCAGAUGGAGGCUGAGACACAUGCACACGGUGGUUUUCCAUGGAGCUCAGAGGCGAGUCAUUACGCCGUAAAGUCUCGCAGCUUCGCAGAUGGUGGCGUGGGAUCCAUCCCUGGGGAACACACAGGCUACAGAGGUGGUACGCAGUGUAAGAGAGCGUUAAAGAGGAGCGAAGAAGUGCGGCCCUGUGACGGGUCUGAACCUGCAGUGGAGAUGGAGAAAAAUCAGAAGAUUAUCUUGUGGCUGUUGGACGGUCAGAAAGAAAUGGUUCAACACAAGAGGAUUCCUUACGGGAGUACCUCUGGCUCCAAGCGGGCCCCGCACCUCAGCUCUGCAGACAGAUCCGGACCAACACACCCGGGCUUCAGCGGUCAGCAGCGCAACGACGUGCAGCCGUUUCACCCUUUCAUCCAGGACCCCACCAUGCCCCCAAAUCCAGCUCCAAGCCCCCUAACCCAGCUGGAGGAGGUUUGUCGGCGGCUUGAGGAGGAAACGAUUAAGUGUGGCCCCAAGCAGAGAUAUGUGAUGGAGGUGAUUCAGAGGGGUCGCACCYCAGUCAGGCCCGCACCGGUCCCUCUACUCAACACGGUGCCCGCUGUUUCAGACAUGGAGCUCUCUGAAGCUGAAAGUAAAUCCAGUAAAAAGCAGCCGUGUGAAAGCAUCACAGUGGUUUACUACUUCUGCGAGGAGCUGAUUCCGUACCUGACCUCCGUCAGUGGCAGGGUUGUCACUCUGGGUCAGUUCAAAGAACUGCUGACGAAGAGAGGAAAUUACAGGUUUUAUUUCAAGAAGGUCAGCGAUGAGUUUGACUGCGGGGUGGUGUUUGAAGAGGUGCGCGAGGACGACGCCGUCCUGCCGAUCUUUGAGGAAAAGAUUGUGGGAAAAGUGGAGAAAGCCGACUGAGGCGCGCGUUAAAGAGGAAGAGUCCAGGAUUGUUUCAUGGCAAAGAGGAAGUGCUAAAAAAGGGWGAAGUGGAAUCUCAAAUCAGUGGUCAGUGAUGGACUAGAAUAAAAAAAWGAUUAUAUUUUUCGGUUUUCUUUCUGAAGUGUAAUGUAGCAUUGUAAAGUUUUCUAGAUAGACGAAGAACAGAAGUGCUACUAAAGCUGCWUAUUUUUGAUAAAGAUGUUUCAGAGGAUUUCCUCUCUAAAGUAGCAGCGCUUGUCAUUUUUUAAAUGUACAGUUUGUGUUAAAGGAUAACAUUUUUCUAUUCUAUUAUCUAUUUAAACCUGAAGUUUAUAUUAUGUCCCAGUUGCAGAUGAUUUUAUCCAGCUAAGAGUUUGUUCCUCGUUCAUAACCGGAGGAGCCUUUUAAACACGAAGGUUUGUGCUCAUCCAAGUGCUUUUAUYUGUUUCUUUUGUUCGGCUGCUUGUUUCUCGUGUGUAGAACCACUGAUUAUGUCUCAGGCUCUGUUUACACGACACAGUUUUUGAGUAAAACCGCAGCGUUUCUGCAGUCAGUCGUUUUUCUGUGUGUAAGUGUGGAACUACAAAAACCACAGCGCCGACUAGUGGCCUGGCAUGAAAACUGCAGAGGAUUCAACAAACAGCAACGUCUGUGUAUGUAUGUGGGGAGUUUUUGUAAUAAAUCUUGGAAAAACGCUAACAUUUGCAGAGAUCAUCGUAUCUCAGAGUAGGUUUUUUUAAAGGGUCAAGCCAUUAAUUACCACCCAUCCAUCUUCUGCUUAUCUGUAGUUGGGUAUAAGGGGCAACAGGUUCAUUAAUACCCCCCCCCCCCCCCKAAKAAAAAAAAAAAAAAAACAUACCCCUGCAUCUUAAAAAAGGCGACUUUAUGAAGCUUGUGGUUAUAGCUUAUGGAAGUGAAGAUAAUCUAAAUUCAAGACACAAACACUAAAAGGCACAGUUUCAUUUGUUGCCACAUACAUAAAUGCACACUUUAAUGAAAUCUCAUGUUUCAUAAAGACAUUUUGUCGAGUUUCAUUCCUGUUGACUGUUUAUUUAUUUUGAUUUAGGAUACACAGCCUGGCAAUGUUAAUCGUUUACUUUCUUUCAGUCCGGUUGCUGUUUAAACUAAACUGCAUCUGAAUAAUAACAGACAGUAAAUGCAUCUGAAAUCAGGUAAAUCUAUGCAAACUGGGAAAUACUUCUGUUGCAGCAAUAAUAGACUCUACAUUAUUUGUAAUAACAGGAAGCCUGUCAAAAUAUCAGAGCUUUUGAGUUCAAUUCAAUUCAAAAAUACUUUAUUGAUCCCAGAGGGAAAUUAGGUUGUAGUUAAAUAAAAAAAAUCAGAUCAGAUCAUCAGGUUUUAAGGUUUAGAUGACUGUUUAAAAUAAAUAUCAUCAGAAAUUGAUCUUAUUGAAGACAUUUAACAUAUUAACACAGACUGAGUUGGAGUGAAUGUCUUUUUUUUUAUUCUUAGGAUAAUUAAAAACGAAUCCUUAUUUAGUUGGUCAAUAAUUAAUACACCUAAACAAAUCCAAACUGGGUUAUUUUUAAUCUGAAGCCUUCUUUAUUUGAUCACUCUCCAACUUGUGCCUGGAAAGCAUMAGGAUCUGUGUGACGAUCACACCAAAGACAAACAGCAGAAUGUAGACAUUCAGAAAAUACUUUUCUUUCACAUCUAAA